AUGUCUGACGGCUGGGGCACUAUGAAUGAUAUCUCUAAUAAUGAUGACGCUUGGGCGAGCACCGCUACUUCCAGUAACAAAGAUACUCGGGAAAGUAGUAAACUCCCCAUAGUUGGUUCACGCAGCGGCUCGGGCAUUACCCAGGCUGCUGCUGGAUCUUCUGGUAGUAUCUCUGGCAUUGAGCUUAAAGUCGACUCAAUCUCUCUUUCUGACCCCGUCUUGCCACCUGGUGAUGGGGUUGAAGGCCCAGUGGUUGAUGGUUGGGUUGAGCGUAAACCUUACGAUUAUGAGACUUACGCAACUCCUGAUCGUGACCCAGAGGCCCCUAGAGGAGAACCAACUGGUCAAUGGGCCGCUUCCGGCCGUCGUUAUGAAUGGAAAGAGGAAUAUGGUGAUGUUGCUCCAAGGGAUGAGGCGCUGGAGUUGAUGCUUUUUGGGGAAGUCGAAGACACUCCACAAACUACCAGUAGCGGCAUCCAGUUUGAAAGGUAUAAAGUACCCACUCCUAUCCAGAGAUACUGUAUUCCAGCUAUUCUUGAGGGACAUGAUAUUCUUUCUUGUGCACAAACUGGUUCUGGAAAAACUGCUGCAUUUCUGAUUCCUAUCUUGUCAAAAUUGAUGGGCAAGGCAAAGCGCAUUGCCGCUGCUCGUCCAUAUGAUGGGCAGCGUGGCUACGUCGCUGAACCUCUCGUUCUUAUUGUCGCCCCAACACGUGAACUAGCAACUCAGAUUUUUGACGAGUGUCGUCGCUUCUGUUAUCGAAGCAUGUUGAGACCCUGCGUCAUAUAUGGAGGAGCAGACGCAAUUACUCAGAAAAUGGAACUCGAAAGGGGUUGUGAUAUCCUUGUGGCUACUCCUGGCCGUCUGACCGAUUUUUUGGAGCGCGGCAAGAUUUUAACACUAAAGCGCCUUAAGUUUGUGGUGAUUGACGAGGCAGAUGAGAUGUUGGACAUGGGUUUUGAACCGCAGAUUCGCAAGAUCCUUCAAGGCACAGAUGCAAAUGAAGAUGAUGACCAGCAAGUACUUAUGUUCAGUGCCACAUUUCAAAAGCCAAUCCGUAAGCUUGCAAAGGAUUUCCUGGCAGAUGCAUAUGUCCAGAUAAAGGUGCUUUGGGUUGAUGAAAAUAAGAAAAAAGAAGCCGUUUAUGACCUCUUGUGUACUGCUCCACCUGCCCGUACCUUAAUCUUUGUUAAUCAUAAACGUACUGCCGAUUCUUUGGAUGACUAUUUGUACAACCUUAACCUUCCAACAACAUCAAUCCAUGGUGACCGUACCCAGCGUGAACGUGAGGAUGCUCUGCUUUCUUUCCGUUCCGGAAAAUGUCCUAUCAUGAUUGCCACUGGAGUAGCUGCUCGUGGACUCGAUAUUAAGGGUGUGAUGCAUGUUAUCAACUAUGAUCUUGUGCAAAAUAUUGACGAAUAUAUCCAUCGCAUCGGUCGUACUGCUCGCAUCGGAAAUGCAGGAAUCGCUACCUCCUUCUUCAAUGAUCGUAAUCCUGAAAUCGCACCAGAUCUCGUUAAGGUUCUCCUGGAAUCGGAACAGAUAGUUCCAUCCUUUCUCGACGAGUACCGCCCUGCUGAUGGCGAGGUCAACUUUGAUGAGGAACCAGAUACCGACGAAGAGGAAUUAGCCGCGGGUGCAGAAGUCGCAGAGGAUACCGCCGGAAAUGAUGAAUGGGGGAAACCUGGCAAAGGCAGCGGUGCGGGUUGGGGUGAGGGCGCAGGUGGCGAUGCUACCGUUGAUGAUGGCUGGAACUAA